AUGAAGGACGAAGUGGCUCUUCUGGCCACCGUCACCCUCCUGGGAGUCCUGCUGCAAGCCUACUUCUCGCUGCAGGUGAUCUCGGCGCGCAGGGCCUUCCGCGUGUCUCCGCCGCUCACCACCGGCCCGCCGGAGUUCGAGCGCAUCUACCGAGCCCAAGUGAACUGCAGCGAGUAUUUCCCGCUGUUCCUCGCCACGCUCUGGGUCGCCGGCAUCUUCUUUCACGAAGGUGCGGCAGCACUGUGUGGCCUGGUAUACCUGUUCGCGCGCCUCCGCUACUUUCAGGGCUACGCGAGAUCUGCGCAGCAAAGGCUGGCCCCGCUGUACGUGAGCGCGCGCGCGCUCUGGCUUCUCGUGGUGCUGGCGGCGCUUGGCCUACUCGCCCACUUCCUCCCGGCCGUGUUGCGCGCCGCGCUCCUCGGACAGUUCCAGAAACUGCUGCAGAAGGCCUGA